AUGCAUACCGGUAAGCAGGCACAUGUAAAAUUGCAUGAUGUGGUUCGAGAUGUAGCCUUGUGGAUUGCAAAGGAGCAAUGUCAAGAAGUUCUGGUGGACAACCAAGAAAUUUCAGAGAUGUUAAUUGGUAACCACCAAAGUUUGGAAGAUACAAAGGCAGUGUCAUUGUGGAAUUUGGAUGAGGAUCUCGAGCUCUCUAAACAAUUGCAUUUUCCAAAACUUGAGAUUCUACUACUUCAACCAUAUGAGUUCAUUCGAGAUAUUGGAGCAAUGGAGUCACUCAAAGUCUUGGCACUCAUAAGACAUGGAUUUGAGUGGGAAUUGCGGAGGUGGGAUCCAACUUUUUGUUCAAUUCCACAAUCAAUUGUAUCAUUAACUAAUCUUCACACCUUAUGCCUUAGAGGGAAAAAUUUGGGGGACAUAUCUCUUUUGGGUGAACUUAAAGGAUUGGAGAUUCUUGACUUACGUGGUUCUCAAUUUGCUGAAUUACCUAUUGGAAUUGUAGAUAUGAAAAUGCUGAAACUUUUGGAUAUAUUUGGUUGUCAAAUUGAGAAAAGCCCUUUAGAAGUAAUUGGAAGAUGUGAGCAGCUUGAAGAAUUAUACUUUUGGGACCACAAAUCUGUCAUCCCAGAAAUUCUCUCUCUUUCAAAUUUGAAGAGGUAUGUUAUCUAUGAUUCCAGAUUAAUUUAUGAAUAUUUGGAUGACUCUUUUCAACAAUAUUUGGAUGGUUGUGAUGAAGCAUUAAGAGCUUUAUGUAUACAAGGCUUUAGAGUCUCUACUUUGAAUGCAUCAAUGAAAGAUCUCAUUCUUAGAGCAAACCACCUUUGGCUAGAUAACUGUGAGUGGGAUUAUAAAGAUACAAAUUUUCAGAUAAAGCACUUAGUGGUAUCAUGCUGUCAAGAGAAAAGAUUCAUCAUCAAGAACCCUGAUGUGAACAUUCUUCAAACACAACAAGUAUUCUCACGCUUGAUCACUUUAACAUUGUUUGAAAUGAAUAGUCUUGAACAAGUGUUUCAAGAUUCGUCUAUUGGCUGCUCUCUCCCCAUGUUACAAGAGCUAUGGAUACGGAGUUGUCCUGAAUUGAGAAUCUGUAUCUUCUCGCAUGCCACCAUUACGAGCCUGCCAAAGUUGAGAAAACUUCGUAUUUAUCGUUGUGACAAAGCGAAAUGGCUAUUGUCUUGUUCCCUAGCUUCUUAUUGUCCUUUACUGAAGGAAAUAAUUAUAAGCAAUUGCUCUGAAUUUGAGAGGCUCAUUGAUGAAGAAGCUGCACAUGGGGAUCCACUACUUCAUGAUAAGCAAUAUUAUCCAUAUGGAAAGGAAAAUGAUAGUGCUUAUGUGGGCGUUAUAGCAAAAAGGUUCAAUCAGUUGCAAAAUGAGCAAUCCUUGAUCCUUUUUCUAAGGUUGAAAAGUCUAGAAAUUGAAAGGAGUGGAAAAAAGAAUGGUAUAAUGGAAAUCCAAGUCAGAGGAAGAAUAGAAGAUGAUGAAGAAUCUAUUAAAGCCCAAGAACCUCUAAAGCUGGAUUCAGAGUUGAGUGAAUUAAAAUUAGAUGUUCUACCAGAAUUGGAAUAUAUUUGGAAGGGCCCCACCCAAAUUGUGAGCCUCCACAGACUUGAAGAUAUUUCACUAACAGAUUGUCCAAAAUUGAAAAGUAUUUUCACUCUAGCUAUUGUUGCAAGCCUUCCAGAGUUGAGAAGACUUGUAGUAGAUAACUGCCAGGAAUGGGAGGGAAUAUUUUGUGAAGAAUCACUCAAAAACCUCUCUUCUUCUAAUAUUUGCUUCCCCAAACUUAAGAAGAUUAACAUAUAUAAUUGCAACAAAGUGAGAUGGUUGUUAUCUUAUUCUCUGGCAUCUCAUUGUCCUUCACUAGAGUUCAUAUACAUAGACAGUUGCUCUGAAUUUGAGGGGCUUAUUGGUGAAGAAGCUGCACAUGGGGAUCCACUACUUCAUGAUAUGCAAGAUCAUCCACAGCAACCUUUGAUUCGAAAUUGUUCUGAACUUGAGAGGCUUGUUGAAGAAGCAUCAUAUGGGGAUCGGCUACCACUUCUCAAACUGAAGUACUUACGCUUGUUGUCAUUGCCGAAAUUGAGAGAGAUCUUCUCUCACAAACAUGAGAAUGAUAAAAUGAGAGCGGUAAAGUCAGAAUUGUGUUCUACAUGGUUAGAAGAUCUACCGGAAUUAGAAUAUAUCUGGAAAGAUCCCAUACAAAUUUUGAGCUUCUAUAGACUUGAAGAGAUUACACUGUUGGAAUGUCCGAGAUUAAGAAAUAUAUUCACUGUUGCUGUCGUUACAAGCCUUCCAGAGUUGAGGGAACUUGAUGUAAACGGAUGCAAUGAAUGGGAGGGAAUAUUUUGUGAAGAGUCACUUAAGAAUCUGUCUACUACUCCCACUCGUUGCUUCCCCAAACUUGAGACCAUUUUUAUAUCUCGUUGUCACAAAGUGAGAAGGGUGUUCUCAUAUUCUCUAGCAUCUCAUUGUCCUUCAUUGAAGAAAUUAUAUAUAGCGAAUUGCUGUGAAUUGGAGGGGGUUGUUGAAGCUUAUGAAGGUGAAGUAGCUGCUCAUCAUCAUCAAAGGCUGUUUCCUGAACUAAAUUAUUUGAAGCUCAGUAAUUUGCCAAAGUUGAGAGAGAUUUAUGAAGGUUAUGAAUCCAACCUCCUUUCUGGUACUAUAACAAUAGAAGAUUGUCCAAACAUAUCAAAAAUCUCAAAAAUCCCAUUAGAAGACAAGCCCUCGUCAUCAGGUUGGUAG